AUGAUCUCGCCCGCGAUGUGGCGUUCGGCGGCGCGGCGGUCGGCGCAGGUCCGGCGCCUCCUGUCGUCGUCCGCGCCCCCGGCGCCCGCCGGCGCCGCCGUGCCUGGGCCCUGCAUCGUGCACAAGCGCGGCAACGACAUCCUCCACGACCCAUGGUACAACAAGGACACGGCGUUCCCCAUGACGGAGCGCGACCGCCUCGGCCUCCGCGGCCUGCUCCCGCCGCGGGUCAUGUCCUUCGAGCAGCAGUACGAGCGAUUUAUAAACUCGUUCCGGUCGUUGGAGCACAACACGCGCGGCGAACCAGACUCCAUCGUCGCGCUCGCCAAAUGGAGGAUCCUCAACAGGCUGCACGACCGGAACGAGACGUUGUACUACAGGGUGCUAAUUGACAAUAUCAAGGAUUUUGCACCGAUAAUAUACACUCCCACUGUCGGCUUGGUCUGUGAAAAUUACAGUGGUCUGUUCAGACGACCCCGUGGGAUGUAUUUCAGUGCAAAGGAUAAGGGGGAGAUGAUGUCGAUGAUUUACAACUGGCCAGCAGAGAAGGUUGACAUGAUAGUUGUGACUGAUGGGAGUCGCAUUCUAGGCUUAGGUGACCUUGGUGUUCAGGGCAUAGGUAUACCUAUUGGUAAACUGGAUGUUUAUGUUGCAGCUGCUGGUAUUAACCCACAAAAGGUUCUUCCAAUAAUGCUUGACGUGGGCACAAAUAAUCAAAAGCUUUUGGAGGACAAGCUAUAUUUAGGACUGAGGCAACCUCGGCUGGAAGGAGAAGAAUACUUGGCUGUUGUAGAUGAAUUCAUGGAGGCUGUCCAUGCACGUUGGCCUAAAGCAGUUGUUCAGUUCGAAGACUUCCAAAUGAAAUGGGCCUUUGAGACUCUUCAGAGGUAUCGGAACCGAUUUUGCAUGUUCAAUGAUGAUGUACAGGGGACAGCUGGAGUUGCUCUAGCUGGCCUACUUGGUGCUGUUAGAGCACAGGGCCGUACUCUCCAGGAUUUUACGAAUCAAAAGAUCGUCGUUGUGGGAGCUGGAAGUGCUGGGAUAGGUGUGCUUAGCAUGGCUAAACAGGCAAUGUUAAGGAUGCCUGGAAUCCACAGAACUGGGGAAGGGCAUAAUCAAUUCUGGGUUCUGGACAAAGAUGGCCUUAUUACGAAAGCUAGGAAGGAUUUGGAUUCUUCAGUGGCACGUUUUGCCAGAGGUUUUGGUCCUGAUGAGGUCCCUGAUCUCCAUGAGGGGGCUAGUCUUGUUGAAGUGGUCAAGAAAGUUAAGCCUCAUGUGCUUUUAGGACUAUCUGGAGUUGGGGGCAUAUUUAACGAGGAGGUUCUCAAAGCUAUGAAAGAAUCCGAUUCCCCUCGCCCUGCAGUUUUUGCAAUGUCCAACCCUACUACUAAAGCUGAAUGCACUCCUGAUGAUGUAUUCAAGCAUGUUGGUGAGAAUGCGAUAUUUGCUAGUGGAAGCCCUUUUAGUAAUGUUUCUUUAGGAAAUGGUAAAACCGGUUAUGCUAAUCAAGCAAACAACAUGUAUCUAUUUCCUGGGAUUGGUUUAGGUGCCCUUCUCUCAGGUGCCCGGCAUAUUUCAGACGGCAUGCUUCAAGCAGCAGCUGAGUGCCUGGCAUCAUACAUCACAGAUGAUGAAAUUCGGAAAGGAAUCCUCUUUCCUUCAGUCUCCAGUAUUAGGCACAUCACCGCACGUGUCGGCGCUGCAGUCGUCCGUGCUGCUGUUGCUGAAGACCUGGCUGAGGGGUGCUGCGAUGUGGGUCCUAGGGAGCUUGGGAGCAUGUCAGAGUCGGAAGCAGUGGACUACGUCGCUCGGAAGAUGUGGUACCCUAUUUACAGCCCCCUUGUGAGCGACAAAUAA